AUGCUUGCACGCAGCGGUGCGCUGCUGUCGCAGCGGUGCCCAAUUGAGGGCUCGGCCGCCUGGGCGGCCGGCGACGCGCCUGUGGGGCCUCCCGACUCGGAGGUCGCUCCAGAUCGACCGGUGCGCCAGGAGGCCCGCGUGACCCGCGGGCGCGCGCGAGCUGCAGGCUGCAGGCUGCAGGCUGCAGGCUGCAGGCCGAGGCCGCGGGAGGAGGCGAGGCCGCCUGCCACGCGUCCCCUGCACGCCCAUCCCACCCUCUGCGAGGCUCCCCGGGCGAGGCCGCGCCCCGGCGCGUCCUCUGCCCGCCAGUCGGGGGCUCCCAGGACGGCUCCGGGACCACGCCGCGUGGUGCCGCCGAUGCCCCAGCGUGCCCGUGCGGCAGCCCCUGCCCUCUGCCUGUGA